AUGAACAACCAGUUUUAUGGCACCUCUUCCACGUCUCUUAUUGUUCAAGUAAGAGAUGAUAUCGCAGAAAUGUCAACAGAAUAUGUCGGUGUUGAUCAUCAUCAGUCAAACUACUCUCAUAAUGAAACAACAGUUGUUAGUCCAAACCUGACGACAACUGUAGAGGAAGUUGCACAACCCAGCUCAGGAAAUGACACAAAUGAAUCCAACCAAUCCACAACUGUGACUAUAAAUGCCACAACUACCACGACUACAUUUGACAAUAAUGUUAUUGUACCAUCACAAUCUUCAGAAGUUACUCAUACUGUGGUUGUAACAGAAUCACGGACACUGUCGACUGCGUUGGUAUCUAACCAUAGUCUACCCGAAUCCAAAACAACAGAGACAUCUAUAUUAAUAACCAAACCACUGACAGUUCUAACUGACGUCGUAUCGACUUCACACACAUCAACACCAGCAGUUGUUAAUCAGGCAGUGACAUCGUCGGAACUAGCGAUCAAUACAUCGGAGCACUCAUCAACAAAAUACGCAAGGACAGAGUUCUCUAUCAGUACUCAUCAGAACGAUUUGUCCACACAGGCAUUUCUGGAAUUGACCAAGACUUCGGAAACUGAUAAUACACGUUACUCUUAUCCUGCAACAAUAUCCUUAAAUAUAAGUGGAUCGGGGCAGAUUGCUAAUGUAGGUGACCGUAGAAAGCCUUGGCCUCUUGGUUUGACAAUAGGGGUCUCUGUAGCUGGUUGUUGUGUGUUGAUUGUGAUUAUAUUAGCAGCGAGUAUAUUCAUAUACAAGAGGAAGAGAAAUUUGGCAUUGACAUCUGUGGCAAUUGUGGAGAAUCCCAAGUUUCAGCGAUUCAACGCUGUAAGACUUACUGAUUCAUCAAAAACAGCAAUGAGAAAAGAACCUGGAGUUGAUGGAGAUUUCGUGGCAAAGUAUAAAAAAACAUAUGAUGACGAUUCUUAUAGAGAUAAACGUGUAGGAAGUGGACAAUCAGUCGACUCUUGGACUGAGAGCGUCCCACUACAGGUCACGUCUUCGACCAAGAAACUGUCUAAAGAUGCAUGUUCGAUUGUUAACCAACCAGAUUUGUUUUCCAAUCCAGUACUCGAUCGCCCAACUACAGUUCCUAUAAAUGUUGUGAAAUCAGAACGUAAUGAGGAGUCUCCUUUAAAUUUUCAACCCGUUUUUAUUAAUCAUUCUUAUGAGCCAGAUGGUCCUGCUAACGAUAUCCCUACCUCACCCGUAUUCGAAACAACAACUGCUGAAAAAUCUGUGCUGUAAAACAGUUAUGUAAUUAUCCAGGAUUAUAGAAAGGUUCACGAUAGCCUUUCUUACUACAUGAUCCUUCGUGGUAUUUCAUACUUUAUGUCUUUAAAUGAAUCACCAAAUAAAAACAUGGACGUUUUUAUGUAUAUUGAAAUAUUAAAAUACACAUUGGAACAAAUAACGAAUGGAUAGAAAUAGUGAUAGUUAUGAAUAUAAUAUAUCCUUUUCAUAUUUACACAAGAAUGCUUACAAAAACUAGAACACUCAACUAGA